CUACAGGAUAUGGAAAGCAAGGCUGAAGUCGCUUGUUGACUUGCAAAAAAAAUAGUGGAAUGGGUUGGAAUGACCAUGAGAAGCGGUUUGAUGCACCACAACAUAUGUGGAAUGAAUUAAAGAAAAAAGAGCAAAGAUUUUGGAAAGAGCAUAGAGUGCUUCCCAUUCACCUACAAAUUGUUGAAUGGUUGCAUAAUGAAAUUACUACCGGGGUUGAAUCUUCACACCCAUCCGAUGCAAUCAAUGAGGACCAACCAUACAUUCCAGUGCCAAUUGAUGAAGAAAUUAGCUUGAACAAUUAUGAUGCUAUUGAUGAUAAUGUUGGUGAAAGUGCCCAUUAUACUCCCAAUGCAAGUAGCAGUCGUUCCCGUGGUAAGCCUAGUUCAGGGGUAACAAGUAAAGAGAAGAAGAAUAAAGGAGGUGCAGAGAAGGUUAGUAGUCCUUUGAAGGUGAUAGCCAAUGCAAUUGUGGAGAUGGCCAAGCAAGACCCCCAGAAGGAAUGUGCAAAAAACUUAUGUAUUGAGAUUGAUGCACUUCCAGGAGUUGAGUUUGAUAAAAAAUUGCGUUCUAAACAAUUCUUCAUGCAACAUAAGGAAUUGGCUCCCAUCUUCUUGAAUGCCAAUGAGGCAGAUAAGUCUAAGGUGUUUGAACACUACAUAAAGAAUAUCAAAGAUGGUGGUCAAGAUUGAGGAGGUGUCUCUUUAUUUAUUUAUGAUUAGUGUGUUGUUUCAAAACAUAAGUAAAUAUUAACUAGACAAUUUAUGACAAGCAUUUGAAAUGCUUAUUUUGGUGAUGUAAUAGUGACUCGAUUUUUGAACUCUCUCAUUUAAACUGAUCAGCUGGUGAUUGGUAAGCUUCUGUAAGUAGGUAUUAUGAGUUUUAUUGGAAAGUAACAGAGUUGGAUGUCUGUUUA